AAUCUACACAAAGAAAUAAUAUCAUGGAAAAAUGUUUACCCCUGGGGGUACUCCAGGAGGAGCACGUGGCGGGGAGGCAGUCGAUUCCGAAGAGAUCAGGAUCCCUGACAAGAUGGUUGGCAUGAUUAUUGGAAGAGGUGGUGAACAGAUAACACGACUUCAAAGAGAGAGUGGUGCGAAGAUACAAAUGGCCCAAGAUAGUGGAGGAAUGCCUGAGAGACUCUGCACAAUAUCAGGUCCAAGAGAAGCCAUUAACCGUGCCAAGGAGAUGGUUUUUGAAAUUGUCCAGCGUGGAGACAAUCCUGCUGAUCGCCGCAACCGAGGCAUGGGUGGUGGUGGUCCCAUGGGCCCUCCAGGAAUGGAGAUGGGAGGAAAUGCUUCAACAGUGGAGAUAAGCAUUCCUGGGCCCAAAGUCGGACUUAUUAUUGGGAAAGGAGGAGAAACCAUAAAGCAGUUACAAGAGAAGUCUGGAGCCAAAAUGGUUAUCAUCCAAGAUGGACCACAACAGGAAAAUGAGAAGCCUUUGCGCAUCACUGGAGACCCACACAAGGUUGAAAUGGCAAAGCAGCUUGUGUAUGACUUAAUAGCUGAGAAGGAAACCCAAGCAGCACAGUUUGGUAACCGUGGGCGUGGACGAGGUGGAGGUUUUGGUGACCGCAGAGGAGACAGAGAUCGUAGUGACCGUGGAGACAGGGACCGUAGAGAUAGGGAUAGGGAGCGUGAUGAGUACGGAGGGGGUGACGAGAGGAACUCUCACGAGUUCGAUCCCCAACAGGAGCGCUUUGCUGGUCGUGGUGGACGAGGUGGUUUCAAUAAUGACUGGGGUCGUGGUGGCCCAGGGGGACCCCCAGGUGGUCCCAUGGGCCGUGGUGGUUUUGGCCCCGGAGGUCCAGGUGGUCCAGGGGGGCCUGGAGGAAUGGGAGGACCUGCUGGUCCAAUGGGCCGUGGGGGACCUAUGGGAGGACCCAUGGGAGGAGGCGGACGUGGGGGUCCUGGAGAGAAAGUGGAGGCCUUUAAUGUGCCUGCAAACAAAUGUGGCCUCGUGAUUGGGAAAGGAGGUGAAACUAUUCGUGGCAUCAAUCAGCAAACUGGUGCUCACUGUGAACUUGACCGUCGCCCUCCAAGUAAUCCAAGCGAGAAGACUUUCAUCAUUCGUGGCAGUCCUGAGCAGAUUGACAAUGCAAAAAAACUGAUUGCAGAAAAGGCAGGCAUGGCUGGUGGAGGGCCUGGUCAGAAUGGCAACAGUAAUCUUGCACCACAGGGCUGGGGCAAUGCCUACCAACAGUGGAACCAAGGCCAUCCAAAUGACCCAACCAAACAAGCAGCAGAUGCAAAUGCAGCUGCAUGGGCAGCCUACUAUUCACAGUACUAUGGUGGGCAACAGAAUCAGAGCAACCAAAGCAGUGCUCCUACCAAUAACCAACCACAGCCUAAUGCCAGUCAACCUACCUCAGGUCCAGCAGCUGGGGGUCAGCCAGACUAUUCGGCACAGUGGGCUGAUUACUACAGAAGUAUGGGAAUGCAUAGAGAGGCUGAAGCCAUUGAACAGCAGGCCAAAGGAAUGAAAGUUGGAGGCCCUGCCUCAAAUGCAACACCUCAGCAGGGUGGAGGUGCACAGCCAGCAGCCCCAGGAGCAGCAGCAGCAGGUGGCACAGGAGCACAAGAUUAUUCCCAACAGUGGAUAGAGUACUACCGGACACAGGGCAUGCACGCAGAAGCUGAUAAGAUUGAGGCACAGAUCAAAGCUUCUAAGGGAGGAUUGGGUGGGGCAGCGGCAGUCCCCUGUGCCCCACCUCAGCUUGGAGGAGCUCCUGCAGCACCAGCAGCAGCAGCAGCAGUACCUGUCAACGGUCAAGUUCCUGCUCAGCAGACAGGUGCCGGCAUGACAGACUACUCCCAACAGUGGAUAGAGUACUACCGCUCACAGGGUAUGCACGCUGAGGCGGAUAAAAUUGAGCAGCAAUUGAAGGCUGCUAAGGGUGGUGCUGGUGGUCCGCCAGGCAGUGGCCCUGGAGCGCCGAUGUAUAAUCCUACAUUUAACCAAGGAUAUUAGAUUGCUAGAUUUGCACGGGGUUGCAGCUCCACCUCUUCUAGGUUGAAGAACCAUUUGUUGUUGCCUUGAAGACUUCAGUUGUGGGUUGUUGGACUCAAAAUGUAUCAUGUUGCGAUAUCUUAUUCGUGAUGUCAUGAUGUUCCCCGAUGAUAUGAGAUGCUAUUCAUAAGGAUGGUAUGAAGCUGCUGCAUACUUCAAGAUGUACAAUGAUUUUCGUGUCACUUAUAUCUCCAAAUAUUAUCGUGACUUGUGUAUUGAGGGUUCUUGCUAACUCAGCCAUUUAUUAUUUUUGAUCAAAUCUUGUAAAUAUGCCACGUGGUUAAUCUUUCAUUAAUUAUGCCUAAUGUGAAAAAUAUACCUUGUACAAGAUAACUGUAGGUUUUAUUGCUGUGCUAGGGAAAAAUCUCAAAUGUUUUGAUGGCGGUAGCUAGGGUGGGCUUCGCUGACCUCUCAGAAUGUGCAUUCUUACUCUUUGAAGGCUGUGUGUGCCUACUAUUCAUAUUAUUUUCUCUGCAAUUAUGCUACUAGAAAUGAUCCCUUAUUCUUACCUUUUUAUUUGAUGAUGCCAUUGAAAUUUUUCAUGUCAUUUCCUAACCUCCUUUUACAGGUUAAUAUUGCCAUGAUAUGUUAUUGCUUUUUUAUAUAUAUAUAUAUAUGAGGAAUCAUUAUCUUGACAUGGUAAUGCUAUUUCGGGAUAUAUGUGAAUGUUUUUCUGUUUUGUUAUGGCCAAUAUCAUUACAGGCUAUUCAGGGAAAUGAGUUAAGGAGGAAGAAGAAACACAAUCACCACGCGACAAACAGGUAAAUGUAGUCAAUGAUAUUCUAGAUUGGUAUUAUUAUCAUUAUUAAUAUUAUUGUUGUUGUUGUUAUUAUUAUUAUUAUUAUUAUUAUUAUUAUUAUUAUUAUUAUUAUUAACAUUAUUAU